GGCGGCCCGAGGGCGGGGCGGCGCGGAAGUAGAGUUCUCGGGGCCGGGUGGGCGCAGUGGACUUGGAGCGCUAGGUCGCGCGAGCCCGGCCCGGCCACCAGGGGACCGGCGACAGCCGCGCGUGUGCUCCGCGGCCGAGCAUGGAGGGCACGGAGCUGGUCACCAAGGUGCUCUCCACCUGGCUGACGCUGGUGCUCGGCCUCAUCCUGCUGCCCUCGGCCUUCGGGGUAUCGCUGGGCAUCUCCGAGGUCUACAUGAAGAUCCUGGUGAAGACUCUGGAGUGGGCCACACUCCGAAUUGAAAAAGGUGCCCCAAAGGAGUCGGUGCUUAAAAGCUCAGCUUCUGUUGGUAUUAUCCAAAGAGAUGAGUCACCCAUGGAGAAAGGGCUCUCUGGUCUUCGAGGAAGGGACUUUGAGCUCUCUGACGUGUUUUAUUUCUCCAAGAAGGGAUUGGAAGCCAUUGUGGAAGAUGAAGUGACCCAAAGGUUCUCCUCAGAGGAGCUAGUAUCCUGGAAUCUCCUCACUAGAACCAAUAUCAAUUUCCACUACAUCAGUCCUCGGCUCACCAUGGUGUGGGUGCUGGGUGUCCUAAUCCGCUAUUGUGUCUUACUACCUCUGAGGGUUACCCUGGCUUUCAUUGGGAUCAGUCUGCUGGUUCUAGGGACGACCCUGGUUGGGCAGCUGCCAGACAGCAGCCUCAAGACCCGGCUGAGCGAGGUGGUGCACCUGACUUGCUGCCGGAUCUGCGUGCGCGCCCUCUCUGGUACCAUUCAUUACCAUAACAAGCAGUACCGGCCUCAGAAGGGGGGCAUUUGUGUCGCCAACCACACGUCUCCGAUCGAUGUUUUGAUCUUGACAACUGACGGAUGCUACGCAAUGGUUGGCCAGGUUCAUGGUGGAUUGAUGGGGGUUAUUCAGAGAGCCAUGGUCAAGGCAUGUCCUCAUGUCUGGUUUGAGCGCUCAGAAAUGAAGGAUCGACACCUGGUUACAAAGAGACUAAAAGAGCAUGUUGCUGAUAAGAAAAAAUUACCCAUAUUAAUCUUCCCUGAAGGGACCUGCAUCAAUAAUACUUCUGUCAUGAUGUUUAAGAAGGGAAGCUUUGAGAUUGGAGGAACUAUACAUCCGGUCGCCAUUAAGUAUAACCCCCAGUUCGGUGAUGCCUUUUGGAACAGUAGUAAAUACAACAUGGUGAGCUACCUGCUUCGUGUGAUGACUAGCUGGGCCAUCGUCUGUGACGUGUGGUACCUGCCGCCCAUGACCAGAGAGGAAGGAGAAGAUGCUGUACAGUUUGCAAAUAGAGUCAAGUCUGCUAUUGCUGUGCAAGGAGGAUUGACUGAACUGCCCUGGGACGGUAGCCUGAAGAGAGCAAAAGUGAAGGACACCUUUAAGGAGGAGCAGCAGAAGAAUUACAGCAAGAUGAUUGUGGGAAAUGGUGCUCUCAACUUGGACUCGGACUGAUGGUGCCCCGGAGAGAGCUUGGCUUCCCUCAGCUUCCCUUAGAAAUACAGUGGUUGAGGGGGA